CACUCAUUACUGAUAAUCCUGACUCCAGUACACUCAGCAGAAAGGUUUCUGAGGAUCUAGAUGAGAGAAAGUACUCUCUCAUGCUCAUCCAUGUCAUGCAGACCCAGCCAGAAAAGAAUGUACUCCUAUGCAAUAUAAUGGCACAGCGGCAAAAGAAGGGAAGAAUUUCAGAUGACCACAAAUGCAUUGUGUUGGAGCAGUUUAAGCAAAGCAGGAAUAUGGACUUCACACUUGUGGCACUUCAGAAGCUGCAAGCUGAGAUUGGUAAGGAGGUUAAAGUGAUUGCGCACAAUCGUGGAACGAAGAAUCUGACCGUGACAAAGAUUAUGAUGCGUGCCCGACCCGAGAGUAUCUUCCUGUGCCAUGCUUCAUACCAGCGUCGCAGCAAUGUCCGGUCCUCCGGUUUCAAGCAAAUGUCUUCCCGAGCAGAAUUGUUCUGGUUAUGUCCUUCUCGCAUUUUGCGCUUGAUGGCACCGGUGCUGGGACGAUUCUGGAAGCUCUCGCGCAGUGCUACAAAGCGACGGGUGAUGGUGUCACGGAGCAUGGACGCUCUCUAGCUGUAUAGCAUGUUUGCUUACUUUGGCCUGUUUUGGGUAGGGCAUUCACUGAGCAUGAACGCUCGCUAGCUGCAUAGCAUGUUUGAUUGCUUUGUCCUGUUUGAAGUAUGGCAACAACCCCUCGC